AUGGUGCCGAAAUCCAAUAAAGUCGCUUUCGAAGAAGCGCUUAAUAUGACAGGAUACGCUGGUUACAACGUGGGAGUCUUUCUGAUCUGCUCCAGCGUGAUUAUGGGAAUGUGCUUCGAACUGUUCAGCGUGUCCUAUCUUGUCCCUGCCAGCGUUUGCGAGCUGCACACCACCAAUAUACAGCAAGGUUUUCUCGCCUGUAUACCACUGGCAGGUGUCAUCUUCACGUCGCCCAUCUGGGGCUAUCUGGCUGACACCCGAGGGAGGAAGAAAAUCUUAAUAAUAUCAAUGACGAUGGGCUUUGUUGCCGGUAUAUUAUCUACCUUCUCACCAAAUUGGAUAGUGCUGAGCCUUCUGAAAUUGCUUUCUUCUGCUUCGAUAGCUGGCGCAUUUGCAUUGUCGAUGACCAUACUAGGCGAGUGCACUCCUAUGGCUAAAAGAAGUGGCUUAGUCAUCUUAUCUACCAGCGUAUUCUUGAUGUCCACCGGAUCCAUGGCAGUAAUAGCAUACCCGGUCCUCCAGUUCAAGUUCUCUUACUACAUACCAGUCCUGGACAUUCAAUUUAAUGCUUGGAGAGUGCUUUGCUUAAUUUUUGCAUUUCCUUGCCUCAUUAGUGUUCUUGGAGCAACAUUUAUUUUCGAAAGCCCCAAAUAUCUCCUCAGUAUAGGGAGAGAGAAAGAAGCUGUUGAAGUAUUAAGAAGGAUAUAUGUGAUGAACACUGGAAAAAGCGGUGAUACGUUUGAGGUAGACGCUGUGUACUUAGAAGAAGAUAGCGAAUCAACAGUACCAAAAGGUUUCUUCGGGUCUUUAGCGGCAAAAACGGGGCCUUUACUUAGGAAACCACUUUUGAAGAAUGUUAUUCUACUAUCAGUUCUCUUUGUUUUAUGUUAUAUCUGUAUAAACUCCUUUGUGGUAUGGUUACCAUUUAUAAUUAAUGCUAUUAUGACGUCAGUCUCAGAGGGCAACACGAAUAUUACAGCCUGUAAUAUGAUUGAAUUAUAUCAAAAUUCAACAACCGAGGAAAAUCAGAAUUUAGAUUGUUCAAUGAACAGUUUUGCAAUGAUAAUGGUAUUCGUAAUACAUUCGAUCCUGGCUGUUUCUAACAUCAUUAUGAGUGCGCUGAUCAAUGUUAUAGGACGGAAGAAAAUAUUUAUUGGGAUACAGAUGGUAGCUGGCGUAGCUGCAUUGAGCGUCAAUAGCUCUCCAUACUGGAUGCUGACGGGUGUACUGUUUAUGUUCUUUUUGACCGGGAUAUUCAACUUCGGCUUCCUUAGCACCUACUCUGUCGAUAUCUUUCCGACAUUUGUGAGGGCUAUGGCAGUUUCUCUUACAUUGAUGGUGGGCCGUGCAAGUGCAGUUAUUGGCAUUAACGUUCUCAAGCAACUAUUGAAUAACUACUGCGAAUACAUUUUUUAUACCUUCGGAGUCCUUUCGUGUCUUGGCGGCAUAAUAGGCUUUCUUUUACCAUCGGAAGAGAAAAUUUUUGGACAGCAUAAAGCAGUUAAGCCGUAG